CGCGCUGCUGGGCGCAGAGCGCCAGUCUCCGCCUUGCAGCUCCGAGUGUGCCCGCUGCGCCGCCGCUGUCCGUGCUUGCCGCUACCUUAGCGCCGCCGCCACCGCCACCGCCACCAUGCCCAACUUCGCCGGCACCUGGAAAAUGCGUAGCAGCGAGAAUUUCGACGAGCUCCUCAAGGCACUGGGUGUGAACGCCAUGCUGAGGAAGGUGGCCGUGGCUGCCGCGUCCAAGCCGCACGUGGAGAUCCGCCAGGAUGGGGAUCAGUUCUACAUCAAGACUUCCACCACGGUGCGCACCACUGAGAUCAACUUCAAGGUCGGAGAAGGCUUCGAGGAGGAAACUGUGGACGGACGCAAGUGCAGGAGUUUAGCCACUUGGGAGAACGAGAACAAAAUCCACUGCACGCAAACUCUGCUUGAGGGGGAUGGCCCCAAAACCUACUGGACCCGCGAGCUGGCCAACGACGAGCUCAUCCUGACAUUCGGCGCCGAUGAUGUGGUCUGCACAAGAAUUUAUGUCCGGGAGUGAAGGCAGCCAACUUGUUCCCACUUUUGGGACAGGAUGCAGGUUUCCCCAAGGAAUAUGUCAUAGGUCUGAGUUGCCAGUGGGCCACCCUCCCCCCAUCAACAUUAGGUGAUCCCAUUUUCCCUGUGACAAUGUUGUAGUGUUCCCCUCAAGGUCUCUGUGCCUCUUGUACCCCUGGUGCUCUGUAGUUUGGCAAUGCAUGGUUGCAUCAGUCAUUAAACUAGUUGGAC